UAUCCGUGAUGGUGAUAGCCUCCUUCCCCUCUCCUCUGCCGCGUAUAUAUACCGCCCCUUCCUGCUCACUGCUCCUCGCAUCCUUGGCCACGCACUUCGCCACCCCUGCCUUCUCCGUCCUCCUCUCAGCCCUCCUUGAGCAGGCGUUCCGUUUAGGAAGCUAGGACGCUCGCGGCGACCAAGGGGUCUUCGUCGCCGCCCCAGCAGUCUCAGAGGAAGGGAGAGGAAGGGAAAGAAGAAUAGAAGAGAUGACGAUCGCCUCGUCCGUCAAGCUCGCCGGCGGCACGCUGUCGGUCUGUGGGCGGACGGUGCUGUCCGGCGUGCCGGCCGCGGUGGUGGCGUCCUCCGCAGCGGCGGGGGGAGCGGUCGACGGGGUCUUCAUUGGCGCCGACUUCGCUGAGCUGGCCUCCCGCCACGUCGUCUCCCUCGGGGCCUUAAGGGGCGUGCGGUUCAUGGCGUGUUUCCGGUUUAAGCUGUGGUGGAUGGCGCAGCGGAUGGGGGAGAAAGGCGGCGACGUCCCGCACGAGACUCAGUUCCUGCUCGUGGAGUCCAGGGGCGCCGGCGCGGGCGGCGAGGAAGCGUACGUCGUGUUCCUCCCGCUCGUGGAGGGCUCGUUCCGGGCCAGCCUCCAGGGCGGCGCGGGCGACGAGCUGGAGCUCUGCGUCGAGAGCGGGGACGAGGACACGCGCGCGCAUUCCUUCGAGCGCGCGCUCUUCGUGGGCGCCGCGGAGUCCGACCCCUUCGCGGCCAUCGCCGGCGCCGUCGCUGCGGUCAGAUCCUGCCUCAAGACCUUCCGGCUUCGCUCCGAGAAGAAGCUCCCGGGCAUCGUUGACUACUUCGGAUGGUGCACCUGGGAUGCCUUCUACCAGGAUGUCACCCAGGAGGGCGUCGAGGCCGGCCUUCGCAGCCUCAUCGCCGGCGGCGCGCCGCCCAAGUUUGUCAUCAUCGACGAUGGCUGGCAGUCCGUUGGCACCGACCAAUCCACACCCGACGGCCCCGCCGGCGAGGCCAAGCCGCCCCGCCUGCCUCGGCUAACCGGCAUCAGGGAGAACAGCAAGUUCCAGCAUGACGACGACCCGAUCGCGGGCAUCAAGACGGUGGUGCACGCGGCAAAGGAGGAGUACGGGCUCAAGUACGUCUACGUCUGGCACGCCAUCACCGGCUACUGGGGCGGUGUCCGCCCUGGCGCCGCCGGGACGGAGCACUACCGCUCCAGCAUGCAGUUCCCCAAGAUCUCGCAGGGCGUCGCGGAGAACGAUCCCGGAAUGAAGACCGACUGGAUCACCACCCAGGGGGUCGGCCUCAUGCACCCGCGCGCCGUGUACCGAUUCUACGACGAGCAGCACGCGUACCUCGCCGCCGCCGGGGUCGACGGUGUCAAGGUGGACGAGCAGUGUAUCCUCGAAACGCUGGGCGCCGGCCAUGGCGGCCGCGCGCAGCUCACGAGGCAGUACCACCAGGCUCUCGACGCCUCCAUCGCCAAAAACUUCCUGGAGAACGGCAUCAUCGCCUGCAUGAGCCACAACACCGACGCCCUCUACUGUUCCAAGCAGACGGCGGUGGUGAGAGCAUCGGAUGAUUUCUUCCCGAAUGACCCCAUGUCGCACACGAUCCACAUCGCCGUGGUGGCGUACAACAGUGUGUUCCUCGGCGAGUUCAUGCUCCCUGACUGGGACAUGUUCCACUCGCUCCACCCAGCCGGCGACUACCACGGCUCAGCCCGCGCGAUCAGUGGCGGCCCUGUCUAUGUCAGUGAUGUCCCCGGGAAGCACAACUUUGAGCUGCUGAAGAAGAUUGUGUUGCCUGACGGCUCCGUGCUUCGCGCACGGCUACCUGGCCGGCCGACCAAGGAUUGCCUGUUCAGCGACCCGGCACGCGAUGGCGUCAGCUUGCUCAAGAUAUGGAACAUGAACAAGUUCACCGGCGUUCUUGGCGUGUACAACUGCCAGGGCGCUGCGUGGAGCUCCGUGGAGAAGAAGACCAUGUUCCACCAGACUGGCGCCGAGGCCCUCAGCUGCGGCGUCAAGGGCAGCGACGUCCAUCUUAUCUCCGAGGCCGCGACGGACCCUGAGUGGAAUGGCGACUGCGCCGUGUACCGCCACGCGAGUGGCGACCUUGUCGUCCUCCCCAACAGCGCGGCAUUGCCCAUCUCCCUCAAGGUCCUCGAGCAAGACAUCCUUACCGUGUCACCGAUGAAGGACUUGGCACCCGGGUUCAGGUUCGCCCCGAUCGGGCUCGUCGACAUGUUCAAUGGCGGCGCGGCAGUGGAAGGCCUGACCUACCACCUCCUGGACGGCGCAAAGCUGCUUGACAGCAACGGCUCUACUUCCAGCUCCGAGGCUGUGGGAUUGGUCUGCAUGGAAGUGAGGGGGUGUGGAAGGUUCGGUGCCUACUCUUCAGUCAGGCCAAGGAAGUGCAUGCUGGGUUCUGCUCAGGUGGAAUUCUCCUACGAUUCUUGCUCGGGGCUGGUGGUUCUUCAGCUGGAGGCCAUGCCCAAGGAAAGGGUACACAAGAUUGUUGUGGAGUUGUAGGGUGGUAGCAUCAGUACAUCAGAAAUUCAGAUUAUCAUGUUACGGGUGAUCUGUCCACCUGUGAUUUAUGCUCCCUCUUAUGAGUAUUAGUUAGUACUUUAGUAGCACGAAAAUGUUAGGGAUCUGAUAGGCACAUCUGAUUCUUGAUUCAGUUGAAGGAAUAUAUACGCUCAUUAUCCGAUUGUUCUGUUAGUCUGAACAGA